AUGCCACCUGAACCAGAUGAAUCAAAUGGAAUAGAACGAAUAAAUACAAGUGAUAAUAAUAAUGAAGAAAAAAAACCAUUUAUGGUUCGUGUCAAAACUGGUUUCACUAAUUUAAUGAAAUCACUUCGUAUUUUUAUUUAUGAUAAAGAACAUCAAACAGUUUGUGGAAAUACAAGUUCAUCAUGGAUUAAAGUCUCUGUGUAUUAUUCCAUUUUCUAUAUUUGUUCGGGUUUAUUCUAUUCCGGUAUGCUUGCUGUAUUUGCUGCUAUUGUAUCACGUGAAUCACCUACAUAUUCAUACCAUAAUAGUCAAAUGAAAGUUGGUGGAACAAUGUGUGUUGGUAUGGGCUUCCGACCAAUGCCCGAUAUAACUUCAACAUCAAUUACUGUUUAUGGUGAUUCAGCAUCACAAAUUGCAACAACAUCGUCUUUGACAAAUUAUCGAUUUGAAUUUCUUACACAAUAUGAUACAACAUAUUUAGAAGAAUGUAGCCCAUUUAAUCCGGCUUCAAAACUUAAAUUAAGUCAUUCAUGUCGAUUUUCUUGGAAUGAUAUUGUUACAACACAUGCUUGUUCUACUUCAAAGAACUAUGGAUGGUCAACUGGUCAACCGUGUGUACUUAUUAAACUAAAUAAAAUUUAUGAUUGGAUGCCAGCUGCUGGUAAUAUCAUCGAUCAAAUGGCCAAUGCUACAGGUCAACAAGUAUUACCUGUUGAUAGAGAGGAACAAAAUAUUUAUAUAACUUGUGAGGAUAAAGACAAAGACAUUAAAGACAAAGACGGUAAAGACAAAAUUGGUAACAUGAUAUAUUAUUCAAUUUUACAUCCAUCUGGUAUUCCAUAUUAUGGUGGCAUACCAUAUUAUUUUUUUCCUUAUAGAAAUACACAAGAACACGUUGAACCAUUUGUAUUAGUACAAUUUACGUCAUUACCACUCGAUACGAAAGUGAAUGUUAUAUGUCGUGCUUGGGCACCAAAUAUUCAACAAUUUUCUCAAGGUACAACACGUCGUGGAGUUGUUACAUUUGAUAUAUUGAUAUCAAAGAAUAGUGCUCCUAAAACUAAAUAA